AUGGAGGAUGCCAAGCUAGCUUCCAUACCUAUGAAACUGUCCAAGGGCAGUGGUACAAGAUUGGAGAACUUUGCUCCCUAUCGACGUCUCAUAGGUCACUUAAUUUACCUCAUAAAUACUUGGUUGGACAUCACUUUUGCUGACAGUAAGCUCAAUCAAUACCUCGACUAUGCCACGGACUCACACUUUAAAGCGGGGCUAUAUGUUUUAAGAUACCUCAAGCAAGCCCUGCUAAUACCAUCCUUUUUCCCCCCUGUUGAUCUCUCUUUGACUGCAUACUCAGACUCUGAUUGGGGAGCUUGUCCCGAUUCUCAUAGGUCCGUGUCUGACUAUUGUUAUUUCCUUGGACAAUCACUCAUCUCGUGGAAGAGCAAAAAGCAGACGACCAUGGCUAGAUCCUCUGUUGAGGCAGAGUAUUGUGCCUUAGCUCUGGCCACUUAUGAAGGCUUGUGGCUGUCUUACAUCCUUCGUGACUCCAAGCUUCCUUUAAGGUCACCAAUUAGACUAUACCGUGACAAUAACUUUGCCUUGCACAUAGCAGCCAAUCCCGUUUUCCAUGAACAAAUUACAACACGUUGA